AGUUGCGCGCUGGGAUUGUUGCUGUGCGCCUGGGCCGAAUACAAAAUACAGUUGAAAUAAAAUGUCAACCUCCUGGAGUGAUCGGUUACAGAAUGCAGCAGAUAUGCCUGCUAACAUGGAUAAGCAUGCCCUGAAAAAGUAUCGUCGAGAAGCCUAUCAUCGGGUGUUUGUGAAUCGAAGCUUAGCCAUGGAAAAGAUAAAGUGUUUUGGUUUUGAUAUGGAUUACACCCUUGCUGGAGAGCCAGUGUAACUCCUUCAAGACUGGAGUGACACACACUGCAUCUGCAUCUGCCUCAUUGUACAAGUCCCCGGAGUAUGAGUCCCUUGGUUUUGAGCUUACUGUGGAGAGAUUAGUUUCUAUUGGCUAUCCCCAGGAGUUGCUCAGCUUUGCUUAUGAUUCUACAUUCCCUACCAGGGGACUUGUCUUUGACACACUAUAUGGAAAUCUUUUGAAAGUCGAUGCCUAUGGAAACCUCUUGGUCUGUGCACAUGGAUUUAACUUUAUAAGGGGUUCUCAGGUAGCUGUUCAGAAGAGACCAGAAACUAGAGAACAGUAUCCAAAUAAAUUUAUCCAGCGAGAUGAUACUGAAAGAUUUUAUAUUCUGAACACACUAUUCAACCUACCAGAGACCUACCUGUUGGCCUGCCUAGUAGAUUUUUUUACUAAUUGUCCCAGAUAUACCAGUGAAUUUAGUGCUAGUGAGAGAUGCCACAUUGCCAGCCUGAGAGAUGGGACAGCACCAGCAGCUCCAUGCAGGCUCUCACCUCCCACACGGCCCCUCUCCUUGCCAGUGUGCUGCAGCCACCACUUCUGAUUGGCUUCUCCUGGGAAUGAAGACGGCCAGCAGAGGUGCUAAUUGUGACAACUGAGUGGGAGUUGUGAAACAGGAUUUAAAGAUGGGGACCUCUUCAUGUCCUACCGGAGUAUGUUCCAGGAUGUAAGAGAUGCUGUUGACUGGGUUCAUUACAAGGGCUCCCUUAAGGAAAAGACAGUUGAAAAUCUUGAGAAGUAUGUGGUCAAAGAUGGAAAAUUGCCUUUGCUUCUGAGCCGGAUGAAGGAAGUAGGGAAAGUAUUUCUUGCUACCAACAGUGACUAUAAAUAUACAGAUAAAAUUAUGACUUACCUGUUUGAUUUCCCACAUGGCCCCAAGCCUGGUAGCUCCCAUCGACCAUGGCAAUCCUACUUUGACCUGAUCUUGGUGGAUGCACGGAAACCACUCUUUUUUGGAGAAGGCACAGUACUGCGUCAAGUGGAUACUAAAACUGGCAAGCUGAAAAUUGGUACCUACACAGGCCCCCUACAGCAUGGUAUCGUCUACUCAGGAGGUUCUUCUGAUACAAUUUGUGAUCUGUUGGGAGCCAAGGGAAAAGACAUUUUGUAUAUUGGAGAUCACAUUUUUGGAGACAUCUUAAAAUCCAAGAAACGACAAGGGUGGCGAACUUUUUUGGUGAUUCCUGAACUUGCGCAGGAGCUGCAUGUCUGGACCGACAAGAGUUCACUUUUUGAAGAGCUUCAGAGCUUGGAUAUUUUUUUGGCUGAACUCUACAAGCACCUUGACAGCAGUAGCAAUGAGCGUCCAGACAUUAGUUCCAUCCAGAGACGUAUUAAGAAAGUAACUCAUGACAUGGACAUGUGCUAUGGGAUGAUGGGAAGCCUGUUUCGCAGUGGCUCUCGGCAGACCCUUUUUGCCAGUCAAGUGAUGCGUUACGCCGACCUCUAUGCAGCAUCUUUCAUCAACCUGCUGUAUUACCCAUUCAGCUACCUCUUCAGGGCUGCCCAUGUCUUGAUGCCUCAUGAAUCAACGGUGGAGCACACACAUGUAGAUAUCAAUGAGAUGGAGUCUCCUCUUGCCACCCGGAACCGCACAUCAGUGGAUUUCAAAGACACUGACUACAAGCGGCACCAGUUGACACGGUCAAUUAGCGAGAUUAAACCUCCCAACCUCUUCCCACUGGCUCCCCAGGAAAUUACACACUGCCAUGAUGAAGAUGAUGAUGAGGAAGAGGAAGAAUAAGGAGGAAAACCAAAACGCCGAGCACCCAUUAACCAAGUCCUGGCAGGACGCACAGGAACAGAUAUCCCUGUGAGGGUUCUACUGGGGGGGAGGGAGGGGGGCUACAUGAAAGGUACAUCUGAAAAGUUUCUGAAGAUUCUAUUGUUAUCAUAGAGAGAUACUUGUUUUGGUUUUGUGUAUCUGUACUCUCUGCAGAUGGUCCAAAAUUGCAAUGGAGUCUGUAUUAGAAGAAAAUAAGGGUAAAACCAGGCUGAACUGCAUGCUGGCUCCGUUGUGGCUUGUGACACUUUUUAAAAAUCAUCAGUAUGUCAUAGUGUAUCUGGAUACACAAGGGGUGGUGAAGGGUCUCAAGAGUAAAACAAAGAGUGGGAAGAGGUGAUCUGAAAUGCUGUAAUGUUACAAAUUGUGCUGUAACUCCAAGAUCCAACUUUUUCAGUGCAUUACAUGGUGUAUUGUAUAUCAGUGGAGAAAUAUAUUAUUUCCAUGAUCAGCUGUAGUCUCUGUUAAGGUCAAGUUUCCUUUUAUAAGCCUUUAAAUCCUCAGUGACUCUGGCAAGGCUGCCUCUCUAUCAGUGGCUUUACACAGAUGUAUUCUCUACUUGCUUUAGGGCAGGAUUCUAUUUUGAGGGAAAAGACAGUAUUCUUAAUACUUUUUUUGCUAUUAGCACAAAUGCUUAUUAUUUGUUAUCCAAAAACCACCUUUUCCUUAUCUGUGAUAAAUCUAUAGAAAGAAUUUAGCUGUAAGAGGACAAAGGAACAAGUCCCCAGAGAAGAAAGGGAGGAACUUCCUUCUUACACUACAGUAGAACAUUGAUCAGUGUGAGCUAUAUAGCUGUGGCUCAUGCUACCCAAUUCCAGAUUUCUUUAUCCUCUAGAGUUGACUGCUGUAUAUUAAAGUUGAUCAUUAGAGGAUGGGAAGAGGGCUCUGUAAGCCAGAACCUUACUAAAGCAGAGAGCACAAUCAGUGUGAAUAAAUUCACUGAGAAUCCCAAGUCGAGGCCAGGCUUGGUGUCUCAUGCCUAUAAUCCCAACACUUUGGGAGGCUGAGUUGGCGGAUCACCUGAGGUCGGGAGUUCGACACCAGCCUGACCAACAUGGAGAAAUCCCGUCUCUACUAAAAAUACAAAAUUAGCUGGCCGUGGUGGCUCAUGCCUGUAAUCCCAGCUACUUGGGAGGCUGAGGCAGGAGAAUUGCUUGAACCCGGGAAAUGGAGUUUUCGGUGAGCCAAGAUCAUGCCAUCGCACUCCAGCGUGGGCAACAAGAGUGAAUCCCCUCAAAAAAAAAAAAAAAAAAAAAUCCCAAGUUGAAAUCACUUCUUGUUUUAAACAAGAAUGAAUCAUUACUGUAUAUGUUAGGGUACUAAAACUGUUUCACCAGUACAGUGAAAGUUGUUCCAACAUCUUAAACAAACAGUGGAUAGAGACUCUUAGUUUAGCCAUCAUAUAUUUUCUUCCAUUCUUGUCAUUGGUCAACAGGGGAGGAUAGAUUAGCCGCUCCAGAAUUCAAUAAAGUGUAAUAUUUCUAAUGCUGA